AACAGUGGUCCUACAUGUGAUAGAUCUAGGAGGCAUAGCGCCUCAUCAUUGGUAUCAGUGGAAGGAAUAGUGCCCCAUCAUUGGUGUCAGUGGGAGGAAUUGCGCCCCAUCAUUGGUGUCAGUGGGAGGAAUAGCGCCCCAUCAUUGGUAUCAGUGGAAGGAAUUGUGCCCCAUCAUUGGUAUCAGUGGGAAGGAGGAAUAGUGCCCCAUGGUUGGUGUCAGUGGGGGAGGAAUAGUGCCCCAUCAUUGGUGUCAGUGGGGAGAAUAGUGCCCCAUCAUUGGAAUUGCGGCCCCAUCAUUUGGUGUCAGUGGGAGGAUUAUAGCGCCCCAUUGGUAUCAUUGGUGUCAGUGUCAGUCCUCAUCAUUGGUAUCAGUGGGGGAGGAAUAGUGCCCCAUCAUUGGUGUCAGUGGGGAGAAUAGUGCCCCAUCAUUGGUGUCAGUGGGGGAGGAAUAGUGCCCCAUCAUUGGUGUCAGUGGGGGGAGGAAUAG